AUGAGCCUACUUAGAAUUACUUCUUCAGCUCACAGUUCUGCUUCAUCUCAACUGUGGAGGCUCGGCAUCUUUCUACUACUAAGCCUUCCUGACUCAAAAGGAAAAGCCAUUUGGACAGCACACCUGAAUAUAACAUUUCAGGUAGGAAAUCGCCUCAUAUCAGAAUUGGGAGAGAGUGGAGUGUUCGGGAAUCAUUCUCCUCUGGAAAGGGUGUCUGGCGUGGUGGUACUUCCUGAAGGAUGGAAUCAGAACGCUUGUAACCCAAUGACCAACUUCAGCAGGCCUGGGCAAGCAGACUCUUGGCUGGCCCUCAUUGAACGGGGUGGCUGUACGUUCACACGCAAAAUCAAUGUGGCCGCAGAGAAGGGAGCAAACGGGGUGAUCAUCUAUAACUACCCAGGUACAGGCAACAAGAUAUUCCCCAUGUCUCACCAGGGAACAGAAAAUAUAGUUGCUGUGAUGAUAGGCAACCUGAAAGGCAUGGAACUGUUGCACUUGAUUCAGAAAGGAGUCUAUGUGAAGAUCAUCAUUGAAGUGGGGAGAAUGCACAUGCCCUGGGUGAGCCAUUACGUCCUGUCUCUAUUCACCUUCCUGACCGCCACCAUGGCCUACCUGUUCCUGUACUGUGUCUGGAGACCUCAAGGGCCCAAUUCUUCCACCAGGAGGCGAAGGCAGCUGAAGGCAGAUGUGAGGAAAGCCAUUGGGAAGCUUCAACUGCGAGUGCUCCAAGAAGGGGACAAGGAGCUGGAGCCAGAUGAAGACAGUUGUGUUGUUUGCUUUGACAUUUACAAGGCUCAAGAUGUAGUACGUAUUUUAACUUGCAAGCAUGUUUUCCACAAGGCGUGCAUUGACCCUUGGCUUUUAGCCCAUAGGACAUGCCCCAUGUGCAAGUGUGACAUUCUGCAAACUUAA